AUGCCAAUCCACCAUGCCCAACGACAGCACAUCAUAUACUCCCUGGAUGCCCUCGUCUAUCAGCUACACACCCUUUCCUUCCUCCUUUCGCCAUCCAUUUGGGCCUACCUCUGUCGUGUUUCUUCCCAGUUCCAAUUCUCACGACCUCGGACACUCGAUUCCAGCCGUACGCUCCGCUUCUGGUACUUGGUCAUCGUGUUCUUCAACAUCGGGAGCGUAUGGUCGCAUGCGGCGCAGGGUGCAGCCCACGGGAGAUCAGUUAUCCUCGACUUCGUCGGCCUGGCGUACACUCCAUCCAAGGCGCAUCUGCUUUUCCUCGACUUCCUCAUCAUAUUCCUCAACAUGUUACUUGUCACAAUCGCUUUCGAGACGUCGCUGUCAUCAGCUAUGCCGCCCAACACCCCCGACCCUCUUCUACCUUCAAUCACAACGUCGCCAAUGCCACUCCUGGAGGAAACCCCGAAAAAUGUGGACACACCAUACGUGAUUAAUAUCCGUCUGUCUACAUUAUUUUACCGCCUCAGGUAUCCCCCUCCCCCCCCUCCUCCGCACGAUUCUUCCACAGAAGACUUGCUUCCACUCCCUAUCACUACAUCGUGGCAGACAAGAUCUGCUCUGGGGCUACUAUCACGCGCGAGGCAGGCAAGAACCCAAAUCCGCGACGCCGCUAUCGCGCGAGCUCGUCCCGCGGAUACAGAGGCAGGUAGCAGUACAGUGGAGGAGAAUGUGAGAACCCCCGGUGGAAUCGACACAGACAGUGGUACAUGA